AUGGAAGCUAGUACGCCGGCGAUGGAGGAGGAAGGGCAGGCUGCGGCAUCUGCGGCCAGGCCGUCGGUGGCACAUGAAGCUGUGGUGAAGGUGGCCACGGAUUCCAGGCCGGAGCAGCAGCCACCGCGCGAUCGUCACGUCCUCGAAUCCCUGCGACCCGGCCGCUACCUCGCGUCUAGUCUUGUCGCCACAGCUACUGGUUGCCCAGGCAUCUGGGAUACCCUCUGCGGUUGUGCCAUCUCGCGGUACGUACCUGGUUUAACCGUAGGAUCGGCGCUGAGGAUGCGUGCUCUAGCAGGCCUGCACCCAUGCGAUGCACCCCAAAAGCUAGCCUACGGGUCAAACAUCUGGGAGCGUGACCGUGCGAACAAGGAUAGCGACGACGAGAUGAUCAUCCAUAUGAUGGAGGAAGAGCAAGCCUUCGACGACGACAUUCGAGAGCAUUUGUCGAUCAUCGCGUCCCUCCAAAACAUGCUUGAUGCCGACGUGGAGAAGAGGAAGAGGUCGCGCCGUGGAGAUUCCGAUGACGAGCUGCCAAAAGCAAACAAGCUCUCCCGCCAUUACCGACCCAAGCACCGACGCAUCAGCGCCCCGUUUCGCCCACUGACAACUAGGCCUGCCCCCAUCGAUUACUCCACCCUCCUGCGCAGCUCACAGCUUACACAUACUACGCGCUGCACACUUCACUUCACUCUCGACCUCCACGGCCUGGCGAAGCACCAAGCUAGCAUCUCGGGAACGAUGGAGCUGUCCGGCUUCGUGGCAGCAGCGGCCGUGAUGCUCGCCGCGAUCGUGACGCCGUCGCCGUCGGGCGCGAAGACGACGAUCGAGCCCUGCUCGGGCUCCGACUCCUGCCCGGCGCUCCUGGGCUACACGCUCUACGCCGACAUGAAGGUCUCCGAGGUGGCCGCGCUCUUCGCCACCGACGCCCCGUCCCUCCUCGCCGCCAACGCGCUCGACUUCGCCGCCCCGGGCGCCGCGCACCGCAUCCUGCCCGCGGGCCUCCUCCUCCGCGUGCCCGCCCGCUGCGCCUGCGCCGACGGCGUCCGCAAGUCCGUCGCCGUCCGCUACGCGGCCCGCCCCGCCGACACGCUCGCCACGCUCGCCGACGUCGUCUUCGCGGGCCUCGCCUCCGCCGACCAGAUCCGCGGCGCCAAUGGCCUCGCCGACGCCGACCCGGACGCGCCGCUCGACGCGGGCCAGCCGCUCGUCGUCCCGCUCCCAUGCGUCUGCUUCAACUCCUCCGAUAGUAACCUGCCCGCGGUGUACCUCUCCUACGUCGUGCAGGUCGGGGACACCGUGCCCGCCAUCGCAGCAGGCUACGAGACCACCGUCACGGAUGUCAUGAACGUCAACGCCAUGGGCAGCCCCGUAGCCGCGCCGGGAGACAUCCUCGCCAUCCCAUUGCCAGCAUGUGCAUCCUCAUUUCCAAAGUCUGCUUCAGACCAUGGAUUGCUUGUGGCAAAUGGGACCUAUGCGCUUACUGCUGGCAACUGUGUGCAGUGUAGUUGUGGGCCAGGAAAUCUCAACUUGUAUUGCGCACCAGCUUCAUUGUCAGGAUCAUGCCCAAGCACGCAGUGUAGUAACAGCAAUGUGUUGCUUGGCAAUGCGAGCACCCACGCCACGAGUGCAGGCUGCAACGUUUCUUCUUGCAGCUAUGGAGGUUUUGUAAAUGGAACCAUUAAAACUUUGCUAAACACUGGCCUUCAACCGAAAUGCCCAGGACCACACCAAGUUCCUCUACUCACAGACCCACCGACGACCGUAAACCAUGAGUACUCGACGUCUAUCCCUCCGCUAUCUGCACCAGCACCCGCAGAAGCAGGGGGUGACAUGCCGGAACCCCCGCCGAGUUCGUCGGUGCAAGGAGGGUCCUUCACACUCCCAAGAAUGUCUCCAGCAGAUGGCCCCGCUGGAAGCGUCUCAGAGGCACCACCUCUGACGAGCAAACCGCGGCAAAUCCUAUCCGGGUUCAUUUUGUGCCUGUUUCUCCACUUCCAUAUGUGAAUUGCACCAUGUCAAGAUUCUCUGUGGUUUAUGUUAUGUUUAUCUGUUUUAACAAUAAACUGGUAGUAGUAGCCUCAUUUUUGGGUAGG